AUGGGAGGACGCGGGCGUAUUCCUACCAAGUCGACGAUUAUUUGGCCGACAACAGCCACGGCUCCAAUAACAGCUUCUUCACGAUUGAAUAUAAACCCGUCGGUCUGCGCGUGGUGCCGGACGAGAUCGCAAUAUUCAAGACUAGCUUCGCGAGUUCCCCAGCCGCAGUUGAGGCGGCACUUCUCGAGCUCCUCCCCUCCUCAGUCGUCAUGGGCCGCCGCCGCCGCUCAAAAGAUCCAGAGCGCCGUCGCCGAGGUUCUCCCCUCCUCUGCCCGACAAUCAACUGGUAACAUCACGAUUGAUCCUCUCAAGGUUGUUGCAAAAGAAUUAAAAUUCCUCGACAAGAAUAUCCGCCAGCUACUGGGCUCGGGCCAUCCGAUGCUGGACACGGUUGCAAAGUACUACUCGCAGAGUGAAGGGAAGCAUAUUAGGCCGCUGCUCGUGCUAUUAAUGUCAAGAGCGACUGCUUUUGCUGCGAAGCUGCCACGGCCUAGAUAUGAUGUGCAGCAUACCUUGUCCAGAAGCGCCAUUGACACACCCAUCACAAGCCCGUCGGUGCUUCUUGACAAGAACCCAGACAAAGACCUUCUGAACUAUUCCUCCCCACCGUCGCCGUUGACGGACGCCUCGAACGAGACGGAAUUUGCCUUCCCCAACGAUACCGCAAUCCUCCCUUCACAGCGACGGCUCGCGGAGAUCACAGAACUCAUUCAUACCGCUUCCCUUCUUCACGAUGAUGUGAUAGACCACGCAACGACUCGCCGCUCUGCACCCUCAGCGAACACCACAUUCGGGAACAAAAUGGCUGUGCUGGCAGGUGAUUUUAUGCUCGGGCGCGCCUCCGUCGCGCUCGCUCGGUUACGAGACCCCGAAGUCACAGAGCUGCUUGCAACAGUGAUUGCGAAUCUGGUGGAAGGCGAAUUCAUGCAACUGAAGAAUACUGCGAGUGAUGAGAAGAAUCCCAACUGGAGCGAGCAGACCAUUUCAUACUAUCUACAAAAGUCAUACCUGAAGUCUGCAAGCCUGAUUGCCAAGAGUUGUCGUGCGGCCGCGUUGCUAGGACAGUGCGCCCCGAAUGUGGUCGAGGCUGCGUACCAGUACGGGAAAAAUCUAGGGCUGGCGUUCCAACUCGUGGAUGACAUGUUGGACUACACGAUAUCUGGGACCGAACUGGGAAAACCCGCCGGUGCGGAUUUAGAGCUUGGGUUGGCGACGGCGCCAUUAUUAUUCGCAUGGAGGAAUAGGCCGGAAUUGGGGCUGUUAGUGGGUAGGAAGUUUUCAAAAGAGGGUGAUGUUCAGAAGGCAAGGGAUAUUGUAUCGCAGAGCGACGGACUCGAACAGACUCGCGCCCUGGCUCAGGAGUACGCCGACAAGGCUGUGUCCUCAAUCAGUGCGUUUCCACCUGGCGAGGCCAAGGAUGGCCUCGAAGAGAUGUGUACAAAGGUUAUGAAGCGUCGGAAGUGA